UCGGCAUGCUUUCAUAUUUCCGAGCUGCAGCUGAGCUACAGGAAGGUUAAAUUGGGCCAAAUGCAGCUGGUAGUAAAUGGGAUUCACAUGACGAGCCACAGAGCAGAUGUUUUAACAGGAAAGUACACUUCCUCUUUUGACGGCGAGCUGGUCUGCGUUGGUAAAGGGUGUCAUUUCUUCCUGGGACAUCGUAAACCUGCUGCUUGUUCCCGUCGAGGAUGCUUGUUUGGUUGAGUGCCGUGUUGGUUUUGGGCGCUGCAGUCUGCAGCUGUUCUUCAUCGGCCACAAAUGCAUUGUGGGAAGAUUGGAAAAAUCAACAUGGCAAAGUUUAUGAAAAUCAAACUGAACUGAUCUUUAGGAGAGCGGUGUGGGAGAAAAACCUUCUCAUGUUGCUGAGACACAACCAGGAGGCAUCAGCAGGAAAACACAGCUUCGUUCUGGGUCUGAAUCACCUGACAGAUAUGACAGUGGAAGAGAUCAACGAGAAGCUGAACGGCCUGAAGGUGGAGGAGCCUCUUGAUCCCAGCAAUGACACUUUUAGGGACGUGAACAACGUGUCGCUUCCUGCAAGUGUUGACUGGAGGAUGAAGGGACUGGUCAGUCCUGUCAGAAACCAGGGGUUAUGUGGCUCGUGCUGGGCCUUCAGCUCUCUGGGAGCUCUUGAGGGGCAAAUGAAGAAGCGAAAAGGUGCCUUAGUGAUGCUGAGUCCACAGAACCUGGUGGACUGCAGCGCCAAGGAGGGAAACCUCGGCUGCAGAGGAGGGUACAUCACAAAGGCCUUCAGCUACGUCAUUAACAAUGGAGGCGUCGACUCGGAGAGCUCGUACCCCUACGAACACAAGGAUGGAAAAUGCCGCUACUCGCUGAAAGGCAGGGCCGCGUACUGCUCCAGCUUUCACGUCCUUCCACGGGGAGACGAGUCGGCGCUGCAGGCUGCAGUGGCAUCCGUUGGACCGGUGGCUGUGGCUGUGAACGCCAUGCUGCCCUCCUUCCAUUCCUACAAAGGAGGUUUAUACAACGUGCCAGGCUGUAACCCAAAGUUGAUCAAUCACGCUGUCCUGGUUGUGGGUUAUGGCACAGACAGAGGACAGGACUACUGGCUGGUGAAAAACAGCUGGGGAACGGCUUGGGGAGAAGGAGGCUUCAUCCGGAUUGCAAGGAACAUGAGAAAUCUCUGUGGCAUCGCUUCGUUAGCGGUCUACCCCACGUUGCAACACGGGUGGGUGAUUUUUUUAAUGGUCUGGAGCAAGACUUUUAAAACCUCAACAAUGUUUUGGUGCCUGCUUUUCAUGCCGCUGUUUGGUAUCGCAGUGGCCACUGCCAGCCUGCAUUUAGACCAGCACUGGGAGCUGUGGAAGACGACCCAUAAAAAACUGUACGCUCAUCAGGUUGAAGAGCUUGGUCGCAGACGGCUAUGGGAAGAGAACCUGGAAAUGAUAAGUGUCCAUAACUUGGAGGCGUCCCUUGGCUUGCACACCUAUGAGCUGGCGAUGAACCACAUGGGGGACCUGACCGUUGAGGAGAUAAUUUCGUCUCUCGUGGGCACUGUCGUACCAUCAGAACUGGAGAGGGUUCCUUAUGAGUUCCUCAGAGUUAACAAAUCUCUACCAGCUUCACUGGAUUGGAGAGACAAAGGGCUGGUGACGUCGGUAAAAUCACAGGGUUCUUGUGGCUCUUGCUGGGCAUUUAGUGCAGUUGGAGCUCUGGAGGGCCAACUUAAGAAGACCAGAGGCAUCCUGAUGUCUCUCAGUCCCCAGAAUCUUGUCGACUGUUCCUCAAAAUACGGAAACGCCGGUUGCAGAGGUGGCUUCAUGGCAAAUGCCUUCGAGUAUGUUAGUAACCAUGGCAUCGACUCUGAUGCUGCUUAUCCUUAUGUUGGUAAACCUGGCCAAUGCAAGUAUGACCCAACAUAUACAGCAGCAAACUGCACAGGGUAUGGCUUCUUGCCAAAAGGGGACGAGUUUGCCUUGAAACUGGGCCUGGCAAACAUCGGCCCCAUUUCGGUUGCAAUUGAUGCUUCCAGGCCAAAGUUUCUCUUCUACCGUCAUGGUGUGUUUAAAGACCACACAUGCUCUCACAACGUGAACCACGGAGUGCUUGCUGUGGGAUACGGUACUGAGAAAGGAGAGGACUACUGGUUGAUCAAAAACAGCUGGGGUGAGCACUUCGGAGACGAAGGAUACAUCAAAAUGGCUCGUAACAGAAACAACCAGUGUGGCGUUGCUCUCUAUGCCUGUUUUCCCAUUAUGUGACCCAAAGGAUGUUAGGGAAAAUAAAACUUGGUUUUAAAGUUUAA